UCAUAUGUCAUACCUAUUUUCUCGUAUGCAAUGGCGCAGUCUGCGUCUAAAACGUGUGAAAUUUGUGUAAGUGCCCCAGGAUCACACUAUUGCUUAGACUGUCAGCAAUUGUAUUGUGCAAACUGUAAGUCGUUGCAUAAACGACAGAAGUUAUCGACAAACCAUCAGUUUCAAAACGCGUCCAAACGUAUCCCGGAAGGUAAAUCUAGAUGUAGUGAACACAAAGAAGAAUUAUAUUUUAUGUGUAAUACGUGCAAUGUCCUUGUAUGUGCCAGUUGUGUUACAGGAAAACACAAUGGUCAUAAAUUGUCAAAAUUGGUAGAUGUAAUUGCACAAUUGCGAGACGAAAACAAGACGCAAAUUCAAGGUAAGACCAAUGAAGAAAUUACAAAUAAGAGGAAGAUUGAGGAAAGCUUGGAAUCGUUUGAUCAAGCCGUUGCGUCUGUUAUCAAAGCCAUCACUGACGAAGGCAGUAAGAUUAAACGAAUGGUUGACACAUCCGUAGCUCAAAUGAUUGCUUCAAUAAAAGAACAAUCCCAGACGGAGAAAGACAAGCUGAUAAAUAUGUUAUCUGAUGCUAAAUCUGUGCUUGCAGCUGGACAGAAAUUAGACAGAAGAAGACAGGAGCUAGCUAAGACAAGACAUGAUGGAACUUUGGUACAUGAGAUGAAUAAUCUGAAAGAAAAAAUCAACAAAAUACAGAUAAAUGAUCUUCCCAAUUUUCCAAAGAUAGUCUUCAAUCGCAAACAUGUAGCUGAAGAUGAUAUCAUGCAAUUGAUAGGUACAUUUAAUUUAAGCAAUUGUUCACCAGUGUUAGAAAAUGAAGUGCAAAGCCAUGGAUACCAAUACAUAUGUCCUAAUUGCAGGUAUGAAACAAUAGACAGUGUCGGAGAAGAUGAGUAAGUUGCAAGUUCAAGUUUGAUUUAGAGAAGUAUUUAUUAUGUAAACUGCAAUGCAAUACACAGGAUUAGAGUUAGUUUAAGAAAUUAUUUCCCCUUCUUCAGACAUUACAACCAUAAUUAUUUACAUAUUGGCCGUUGACCACGGGCAAACCAAACUAAAAUUUGACAACAUAUUUUACACACAUUACUUGUUUUACCAGACAUUCAUAAUACCAACAACUAUGAUGUCUAUCGCACAUUGCUCAAUAUGGAUUUUCUCUAAAUGGCACACGCCUGUAUGUUACUGUUCUAGCCUUCAAAGCAGCACACAUGUCCCACCGAAACAUAAUUUGUUUUAAUAUCUUCAGAAAAUAGCUUAAAAUCUAUGAAACAAAUAUGUAAAUCUUUUUACAAACAAGCCUCUCUUUGUCAAUAAAAGAUCCAGUUCUGAUGAAUAAUACUGUUUUGUAUGGGUCACAUGACGAACAUAUAAUAUCUUCUUUGCGAUUCAUGAUAAAGCAAUACAUUCAAUCCCAAAAUCAAUUUAUGAUGAUAAAAACAAAUGUGAUAUGUCUUUGUGAUUUCCGGUGAGUAAGUAUCAAGUUUAAUAAUUAUAACCAUGAUUAAAUGCAUAUUGGGCGUUUAACACGAGCAAUCUUAACUGAAAAUUGACAACAUAUUUGAGGCACAUUACUCGUUUUGUCAAACAGUCAUAAUACCAACAACUAUGAUGUCUAACGUGAAUUGUUCAGUAUGUUUUUUCUCUACAUGACAAACGCAUGUUUGUUACUGUUCUAGCCUUCAAGCAUUCAAAGCAAAACAAAAGAGUGUUCCAUCAAAACAUCAUAUUUUGUUUUAAUAUCUAUAGAAAUAGCUUAACAGUUUUUGAACAAAUGUUUAAAUCAGGCCGUACUUAUUCAAUAAAAGAUUAAGUUCUGAAGAAUUAUACUGUUUUGUCUGGGUUACAUGACGAACAUGUAGUAUAUUCUUUGCGAUUCAUGAUAUAGUAAUACAUUAAAUCAGAAAAAAAAAUAUAAUGAUUAAAGCAAAUGUUAUAUUUCUUCGUUUUUUUUCAGGUUGUAAGUAGCAAGUUCAAAUUUGAUUUAGAGAAGUAUUUGUUUUUUAAACUGUAAUGCAAUACACAUGAUUAGAGUUAGAUUAAGAAAUUAGUUUCCCCUUUUAACAUAAAAACAAUGACAAACAUUCAUCAGACCAACAACUUUAAUGUCUUACGAACAUUGCUCAAUAUGGUUACACUCUACGGGAUACAUACAUAUACACUGUUGUUCUUGCCGCUAAAUAAACACAACUUAUGGAUUUGUCAAAACAUCAUCAAGUUGUUUAUUAUAAUGAGAAAUAGUUUGAGAUUUAUCAAAGACAUUUCCAAAUCCAUAUCACCUUCCUGCAAUGCUAUAUCAAAAGGAAAAUCAAUUAUGAUAGAUUGUUGUACAUGACUAUGACAUGGUUAUAAUUAUAUACAUUUGUUUUGCGAUUGAUGACAUAGCUAUACAUUAAAUCAUAAUUAUUAUGAUAAAAACACGUGUUAAAAUUAUUUGUUUUUUUCAGUUUGUAAGUAUCAAGUUCAAGUUUGGUUGAGAGAAGUAUUUAUUAUUUCAACUGCAAUGUAAUACACGGAAAUAAAGUAAGAUAAAGAAAUGAUUUCCCCUUUUAAACAUUAGAAACAUUUUUCAACAUGAUUCAUGUGGUAUGUUGCAAUGUGUUCAUUCCUACAAAUUACACCAUGCCAGUAGUUGCAAAACAAAGUCACAAAUUCUAAGUAAAGAAUGCAAAUGCAGGUAAGUAUGUAUUGCUCAUUGAGUUGGCAUUUGAAAUGAAUUUAUUUGGAAAAAAUCAAAAUGCUGUGUACACCAGUUCAGUGCAGAUAGAUGUGUGGUUAAAUUUUUGAUAAUCAAUGCUAUUUUUUAUUAUUUAAACUGCAUUUGUAUCAACACGUGUCAUUUUAUUUCAUGGAACACAUAUUGUAAUUGCUUUUUGUAUUACCAAAUAAACAUAUUUAUGUUCACAUCACAGGAGAAAUAUUGUCAUCAGAAAAUGGUCAAAUUCUAACUUAGAAAAAUGCAAAUGACUCACGAGGAAUUUAUGUACAUAAAAAGUUAUACUAAUUAUCUUAAUCAAAGGCAGUAUCGUUCAUGAUAAUUUAUAAACAUUUACAAUUAUUUCAAGAUUAAACUUUAUAAUUUACUUUAGAUUUGAA